CGCCGGCGCGGUGCGAGCUCUCGGAUUCGGGCCAUGGCGCAGGCGGGUGCCCCUGAAGUGAUCCGGGCGGCGCAGAAGGACGAGUACUACCUGGGAGGCCUGCGGAGCGCGGCGGGUGGAGCGCUGCACAGCCUAGCGGGUGCGAAGAAAUGGCUGGAAUGGAGGAAAGAGAUCGAGUUGCUCUCAGACAUAGCCUACUUUGGCCUCACCACAAUUGCAGGCUACCAGACCCUCGGAGAGGAAUAUGUUGGGAUCAUUCAAGUGGACCCAUCCCAGCAGCGCGUGCCCUCCAGGCUCCGCCGAGGAGUGCUGGUUGCACUACAUGCUGUCUUGCCCUACCUGCUAGACAAGGCAUUGCUGCCCCUGGAGCAGGAGCUGCAAGCUGAUGGUGAUGGUUCCCGGGCGUCACAGGGCAGUCUGCUACCUGGAGGACGCAGCCGAUCAGGGGCUCGGCGCUGGGUGCGUCACCACGCAGCCACCCUGACUGAACAACAGAGGAAGGCUCUCCAGCGGGCAGUCUUUAUCCUGAGACAGGGUUUUGCCUGCCUCCAUCGGCUCCAUGUGGCUUGGUUUUACAUUCAUGGUACCUUCUAUCACCUGGCCAAGAGACUAGCAGGGAUCACUUAUCUCCGCACUCGCUGGCUGCCUGGAGAGGACCAGAGGGCUCGCACUAGCUACCGACUGCUGGGGCUUGUCUCCCUGCUGCAUCUGGCAUUGUCCAUGGGGCUGCAGUUGUACAGCUUCAGGCAGAAACAGCGAGCCAGGAAGGAGUGGAGGCUGCACCGCAAUCUGUCCCACCGCAGGAGUUCCCUUGAGGACAGAGCAGUGUGCAGAACCCCACUCUGCACCCUAUGCUUGGAGGAACGAAGACACUCCACGGCUACACCUUGUGGCCAUCUCUUCUGCUGGGAGUGCAUCACUGAGUGGUGCAACACCAAGACAGAGUGCCCCUUGUGCCGGGAGAAGUUCCCACCCCAGAAGCUGGUCUACCUGAGGCACUACCGCUGACAGCUCCAAGAAGUGGGUGGAAGCUCAUGGAAGAGUCUCUCCUCAGAACAGUGGCUGCACAGAAAUAUAAAGCCUCCACACUGCUCUUUUGUCGCAUAAGCUACUACAGUUACCUGGAAAGAAAGGGAUCAGGCGCAAGUGGGGAAAACUCAAUAUGGGGAUGGGAGUCUCUGUGGCACGUAAUUUAUGGCUUCUUCAGUCUCUGGAGACAGUGGGCUCCCCCUCCCUUCCCAAGCCACACAGCUGAGAACUGCUCCAGAAGUUCAGGGUAUUUUACUCAGGUCUGUAAAGAAGAGGCCACCAUCGGCUAUGAGAGGCAGGGCUCAGGUUAGGCUGGAAGCAAAGCAUAGCACUCUAGGCUCACCAAUGUUAGCACCCCUCCUAAAACACCACACACUUAACCCAUAUGAAGGUCUGGGCUGGAGAGCUGGCUCAGAGGCUAAGAGCACUGGAUGUUCGUCCAGAGGUACCGAGUUCAAUUCCCAGCAACCAUGUGGUGGCUCACAACCAUCUAUACUGGAAUCUGAUGCCCUUUCUAGCAAACAGGCAGAACACUAUAAUACAUAAUAAAUAAAUCUUAAAAAUAGAGAAUGAAGGUCUUUAUCUUGGCCUAGUGGAUAGGAAGGGAGUCCCCGAGUUGCAGAUUUUUAGAAAGUGCAUUAGGUUGCACAUGUCACUACACAUGUACGGAGAUCAGAGAACAACUUGCAGGAGUCAGUUUGUAUCAUGUAUUUCAGGGAGCAGAUUCCAGCCGGGCUGAGUGGGCAGCAAACAAGCAGCAACUUUACUUGUUGAACAUCUUGCCAACCCAGCAGAGUUGGCUUGAGUGAGUUUUCUCCUAUAAACCAAUUUCCGUGCACCCUAAGAUAGCUGUUCUCUGAGGAAGUGAGCCAUGUCUGCUUGGAGGCCAGAUAAAGCAAGUGACCUGCCUAGCCGAUGUCACUGCCCAAUCCAGCUCCCUCACGGCUUGUCCCUAGCUUGUUUCUGGCCUCCAUUUGACAUUUCCAAGCUUUUAAAAGGAAUUCAAGUCAGCGAUAGCCUGGCAUAUCUUUAAGUGACAAAUUCCACAGAAAAGGUACAUAAAGAACAGAAGCUCUAGCUGGGUGGUGAUGGCAGAAAAGGCAGGCAGAUCUUGAGGCUAGCCUGGUCUACAGAGUGAGUCCCAGCACAGUCAGGGUCACACAGAGAAACCCUGUCUUAAAAACUAAAAACAAACACAAAAACCCUCAGGAGAUGUAGAUCUAGAUCUCAUAAAACAGUGUGAAGACAACGGACAGAACCUUUGGUCUGCAAGCAGUGAGUAGGGCUCAAGCCCAGCCACCAGCAGUGCUGUUUGAUGCCACCAUGCUCCUUGUGAAGGUCCCCUUACUGAGAGCAGGACCCAUCACUCUAGGUGGGGACCAGGACUGACAAAAAGUAGCUUCACGAAGCCUAUGAGAAGAGAAAGUCUGUGGGAACCUGGAACAUAGCUACAGUUAUCUGCAGUACCCUGACUGGAACUCACACUGCUCUGGCCAGGUCGACCCAACUUUCUUUCCAACACACCUGAGUCUAGUCAGUGACGAGGAAAACAGUGUGGGGAAUGUAAACAAAAACAUCCAGGCUUUGAGCCCCAAGUGCUCACAUAGUUAAACAAACUUACUUAGAACAUUAGAAAAUGACAGGUUAGGUGUACAAAACGUGACAUCUAGAAGGAAUAUCAGAGUGUCCUCAAAGGAGACCCAGGCAGCUGACUUACUCAGUAUCUAACACCGUAAGACGGAUGGGAUGGAUAGAAACACCUCUGAGUGGGGUCUGAAUAGGUCACAGCCUGGGACUGAAGAGCCUGCUGGUACUUGACAGCCUCUGUCCGUCCUUUACCUGUGGUGUCUGCUGUCCUGGUACUAACUGGCCCAGUGGUUGCCUUGCAAUAGCUGUGGCAAGCAAGCUGUGCUUCAGUGGAGUGACAGUGGUGUAGACGAAGGCUGCACAAGCAAGGGACACUUUCUUUAAUAAAGUUGGGAUUUAAAAGUCA